AUGGCUCCUGCACCAAUUGACCCCAGCAUCAAAGAUGUCGCCCCGCCCAUCAAAGACACUCUGCUCCUGCCGGACGCUGCCAAGCGACGUCUCGAGAAAUCAGGUGUGGACCUUUCCAAAGGAUAUCCAUACCGUCCGUCUCGUCCAUUGUACUUAGAUGAUGUGUACAAGAUUCGCGACAAGCCUCGUGAUCACGUUGAUGCAGGUGCGCGAGCUGACAAGUCAAAGAAGAGUCUUCUGUCUGCUGCGACAAAAGUCACUGAUCUCACGGCAUAUAUUGGAACUGAGAUUGAAGGUUUGCAGCUAAAAGACCUUACCAAUCAGCAACGCGAUGAGCUUGCUCUUUUAAUUGCCGAGAGAAGUGUUGUUUUCUUCAGAGACCAGGAUCUCUCACCACAGCAGCAAAAGGAACUCGGCGAAUGGUAUGGAGAAGUUGAAGUGCAUGUGCCUCAGGUUCCAGGUCUGCCAGGCGUGAGUGUUCUCUGGCCGGAUCUUCAAGCGACAGAGCGUCCUGCUAGUUUCCGCCAGCCAGGAGGAGCGUCUCGUUGGCACACAGACUUGGUCCACGAGAAACAGCCGGCAGGUAUCACACACCUUCAUAAUGACACGGUUCCUUCCGUUGGAGGUGAUACACUCUGGGCCUCUGGCUACGCAGCAUAUGAAAAGCUCUCCCCAGGAUUUCGAAAGAUCAUCGAUGGUCGCUUGGCUGUUUACAAGUCAGCGCAUCCGUACCUUGACCGCGAUCAUCCUGAACAAGGUCCCAAGUAUGUUGAGAGAGUACAUCCUUUAGUCAGAGUCCACCCUGCGACAGGCUGGAAAGCACUUUGGGUAAACCGUGCAAUGACCGACAGAAUCGUUGGUCUUGACAAGACGGAGAGCGAUGUUAUUCUCAACUAUCUGUAUGAUGUUUAUGAGACAAAUGUUGACAUACAGGUCCGAUUUAAGUGGACACCUAGAACCUCAGCGCUCUGGGACAAUCGCAUUACUAUCCAUAAUGCUAGUUGGGACUACAGUGGCAGAGAGCCACGACAUGGUACCCGGGUAACCUCAUUAGCCGAGAAGCCUUAUUUCGAUGCAUCUGCACCGACGCGAAGAGAGGCACUAGGUCUCCUGGGGGAGAGUGAGAAGAAGGAACUCGAGGUGUCGGGUUGA